GAAAAAAUGGUUACUUUUAUUAGCAUAGCGAAGAAAACAGAAACGAUUACUCGAAGUGGACCAUGUCACUAUAGUGAGCUGAACGUCAAUGAACAUCGAAGAAAGAGAAAUACCAAAAAAUUAUUUCGAAAUCUCUCAUGUGUGUUGCGAGCGUGAUGCAAUUGUAAACGAACGAACGCGGAUUACCUUUUUCUUAUUUAUUAUUAUUUUAAUUUUAGUCGGGAACGAACUCAUCUCGCAUCUUGUGUGUUUAUUUACUAGUUAGAUAGUUUCAAUUAAGCCUUUGAUAAAAGACAUUUAUAUCGCAAUUUAUAUUCCGUGUUUUAACCAGUAAAACAACAAUAACUUUUACUAAGAAAUAGUGCACAAGGAAAUAAAAGUAUCUGGCAAUAGUGAAAUUGUGGUAAUUGCAAAACAAUGGAACUCCAAGCAGCGUGUCGUAGAAAUAAACUUUAAGAAGUACACAGUCGAGCAGAGCAGAGCGGAGCGUAGCAAUUGUGAAGUGUGAAACGAAGUAGCGAAAACAAUGCAGCUGAAGCAGUAUUUUCAUUAUAAUAACAAUUAUAAUAAUACAUAAAAAGCCACAAAUAUUCAAAAGAAAAGUUCGUUUUUAUACUCAAGUGUAUAAACCAUAAAUAGUAGAUAGUAAAAAUAAUAAUAAAUAAAUAAAACAAAAACAAAAUUUAGAAAAAAAUGAAAACCGCAAAAAUUUAUGAAUAUAGCACAAGACUGCUAAUUUCGUUAUGUGUGAGUGUGUUUGUAAUAAAUCAAAAGUUGAAUACAAUAAGCGCGUUAGCCUUGGCGUCUGGCGAUGUGACCGGUAACACUCCCGAUGUGACACUCCCGCAAGCGGUGUCAGGACAAAUGCCAGCAAAACGUAUGCCACCGCCGCGUGUGCGUCUCAAUAAAUGUUGCCAUUUUGGUGAAUAUCUAGACUUAAUGCAGACAUGCAUGCCCGGCAGUUCAGAGCACUGGGUGCCAUUGAUAUGGCUUAUAAGUCGCAAAUCCUACUACAACCCCAGAGGACAAAGCCCUAAGUUUAUAACCUUCGAGGAGAAUAUGCGUCCUAUUGCAAAACAUAUACCAACAGACGAUAACGAUAUGAAUAGUACGAGCACUGAGCAGCAGGGCUGCGACGCUGAUGAGUUGGAUCUAUUCACUGGCUUAGAAAAUUUCACAAUCUUUUCGAAUGGUUCAUUAUUUGUGCUCGAGCAUGGCUUACUUAUUGAACCAAGUCAAUUUUGUGUCGAUCGCGAAUCUGCUUUGGUGUGCCUACCAAAGCAUAAAAAGAGUGAUAGCCACUUUAAAAUAAAGAAAUGUUGUGGCAAAUACAGCACUUACGAUGCAAAGGUAAAGAAGUGUGUUGCGCCAACAGUAAGCAACAAUGAAAUUAAGUUGCCAUUGAAUGAAAGCGUCUUUCAGACUGUAUAUGGUUUCCCGAAAUGCAAUGAAAUCUCUUCAUCAUUUGCUAUCAUAGAUGAUUGGCAACCGACACUAUUCAAUACGUCCACUGGUUUGCUGCAAUUGAAGCAUAAAAACUUAUCCGCUACAGAAUUUUGCUUGGAGCAUCUACGUGAGGAGGACGCACCGACAAAAUUCAAAAUAUUUGCUUGUCUUCAUCAUUUUGCACCGGAUGCGCCAGCAAAUUCCAUUUCACCAACGCACAAAUCAAAUGAUCAACUGCAGGUCGCUGUACUCAACAUUGGAAUUGUGAUAUCUGUGAUCUUUUUGGCGGCCACGCUAAUUGCGGGUUAUUUAAUGCCUUCUGUGCAUCAUGUGCUGCACUGGCGUUGUCAAAUAUUUUAUGUCUUUUGCCUCUUCAUCGGUGAUUUACUGCUCGCCUACACACAAUUCUCGAGCUCUUUAGAACUGGGCUCAUCUGCGUGUCUAUUGCUCGCGAGUGCUAUGCACUUUUACUUUCUUUCCGCAUUCUUUUGGCUGAAUACGAUGUGCUUCAAUAUUUGGUGGACAUUUCGGGAUUUCCGCCCAAGUUCAUUGGAACGCAAUCAAGAAAUGGUGCGUUUACGUUUAUACUCCGCAUAUGCUUGGGGAAUUCCAUUAUUGAUUACGGUUAUAGCUGCAAUCGUGGAUCAUUUGCCAGAAACACAAUUACUACGUCCAGGAUUUGGUGUGCGUAGUUGUUGGUUUAGUGGUGAUUAUUUGCCUAUGUUUGCUUAUUUCUUUGGACCUGUUGGUAUUUUACUUUUUGCCAAUAUUAUUUUAUUUGUAUCCACUACACAUCAAUUGACCUGUGGGCUUUGGAAGCGUGACGAUGUUAAGUCCACAACUGAAAAAACAGCAUUAGGCAAAGUUUGUCUGAAAUUAGUUGUUGUGAUGGGUGUAACAUGGAUUGCAGAUAUUAUAUCUGUUUUGAUUGGAGGUCCUGAUUAUGCUUGGUUCUUCACUGAUUUGGUAAAUGCAUUGCAAGGUGUUUUCAUAUUCUUAGUUGUUGGAUGUCAACCGCAAGUUUGGGCAGCAUGUAAACGUUUCUGUUGUCCACGUUCACGUCAAGAAAUUACAAAUACAACUAAUGGUGUACAACAUUCAUCAUCCUCUCAAGGUCUACCAUCAAUGGCUGCAUGUGGUGCUGAGAUAACACAAAAUACAUCGAUAAAUACGACAAUUGGCGCUAAUCAAAGUCAAGCUAAGAUACCAAUGGAAACGGUAUGCUAAGUAUUUUGAAAUUUUGCAGGCGACGGCAGUUUAUUUACACCGCAAUAAAUAAAAAAAAAGUUUUAAACAUUUAAAGACGUCAUAAAA